AUGGAGAGGAUGUUUAACCGCAAAAAGCCCAAGGAUAAGGAUGCGAGGUCCAGCUCAAGGUUAUCCAUUUUUGGCAGAAAAAAGGAUAGAACUGAUCAGCAAGCCCACGACAAUGGAGGCCCGCCAGAAUCCAGUGCUUUGAUCGAUUUCGCUGUUCCAAAUCCUAUCGAAUCCUCUAAUGCUCCAGAGCAGCCCCCGACAUCUAAUACGGCCUCAUUAAGUCCUGACGAUGAAUACCAAAAUACGCCAAUAGUCGAAUUGUGGAACUCAGCAUACGAGAAGCUACGAAAGGAAAAUAAACAACUAACCGACGAAUAUGAGACCAAACUCCAAAAGAGCUUGGAUGCCGCAUUGGAUCCUGUACCGGAUACCAAAGAAGACGGACGAAAGUGGAUGGGCCGGCUAUUACAACAAAAGAUGGAGCAGAUUCAGAAAGAUGCCUGGAAGAUUAUGUUUCUGGGCUCUGAGAUUCGGCCAGCUGAGAUGGUGGAAUCUGUUCUGAGAGUCAUUAAAAUGGCCAACGACUCAAUUGCAGCCACUAUUGUCCCAAGCCCUUAUGCUUCGCUUGCCUGCGUCGGUGUAAGCGCGUUGUUCUCAAUUUGUUUAACGCCUGGCAAUCAAGCGGUUUAUCUCGCAAACGAGUUCAAAUACGUCUUGUCACUUAUCAUUCAGGGCCGUAUGAGAGAAGAUCUCUAUCGGCGUCGCUACGAAGGUCAAAACAAAGUCGAAGAACCAUUUCCAGAGACACACUCAAACUAUAAGGCUACGUUAGAGCUGUUAUACCAGCAGAUACUGAGAUUCCAGAUACAUUGCUAUUGCUAUUAUGCUCAAGACAAUGUCUCUCGUCUUCUUGGCGAUUUCUCGAAGAAGAAUGACUGGACCGGCCUGGCUGAAGACAUACGUCGGCAAGAAGCCCAAAUGGCUGCCAUCGAUAAGAUUUGGCGCGAUCAACGAUAUGACGAGGAAUAUGCUGCAUCUGAAAGACGGUAUCAAGGAAUCGUAUUCAACUUGAAAACCAUUGGCGCCGAUAUCUCAAGUCUGCGGGAGGCAGUGGAGAACGCCAAUCGGUACCGAAAUGAGCAAGAAUUGCUUGACUGGUUAUGCGACAUAGACCCGUCGGACAUGUAUAACGCUGCUCGCAAAAGACACAAGGCUGGGACGAGCGAAUGGCUGAUUAAAGAGGAUGAACAAUUUGUAUCUUGGGUACAAAGCCCUUGUUCCUUUCUAUGGCUUCAUGGGAAGGCUGGAUGUGGCAAAUCGGUGCUAAGCUCUUCCGUCAUACAUCAUCUCCAAAGGGAGUAUAAAGACGACGCCUCUACCGCAGUUGUCUAUUUCUACUUUACCUUUAGUGAUGCCAAAAGGCAAGAAAGUGACGGGAUGCUAGCUUCUCUUAUCAAGCAAGUCUGCUGUUACCGACCGAAUAUACCCGAUCUAGUCAAUGAUCUGGGUGACUAUAAGAAAAAGGGCAUGCGGCCGUCGACAGAAGAGCUCCAGAAUAGCCUCAUAUCAACCCUCCGUGGAUUUACCAACGUAUACAUCGUCAUCGAUGCUCUAGAUGAAUGCUCAAAUAUGAAUACACAGCGAGAAGAACUUAUGGAAAUACUGCAUUGUAUCCUCGAUACUAACCUCAACAAUCUCCAUCUGUUCUGUACUAGUCGCAAAGAGUCUGACAUCGAUGCCUCGCUCCAUCACCAAUUUUCCAAACCGGGUAGAGAAUCGCUUGAUCUAUCCUCUCACCUGAAAGAGGUCGAACGUGAUAUUGGAGAAUAUAUAGACUCAACUCUUACAAACGCCAAAUAUAGCUCUUGGCCAAUCGAUAUCAAGGCCGAGGUUAGAAAAGUUCUGAUUGAAAAGUCAGAUGGGAUGUUUCAGUAUAUUCGCUGCCAGUUUGAAGCCCUACAGAAGCUUCGUUCUCCUAGAGAUAUUCGUCGAGCGUUAGGGGAUCUUCCCAAAGGACUUGAUGAAACAUACGAUAGAAUGCUUCAGGGCAUAGACGAUCGUUAUAGGAAAUCAGUGGCGAAUUCCCUCAAAUGGCUCGCGAUCUCGAUGCGGCCAUUGACGAUAGAUGAACUGGCCGAGAUCUUCAUCAUGCACCCAUAUGGUGCCGUUGUUAUCGACAGUACGGAGCGCCUUUUUACCACACGGGACGUGUUAAUAUAUUUCUCUGGCCUUAUCGUCGAGAAUCGAGAGACCGUUCGCUUGGCUCACUUUUCGAUUAAAGAAUAUUUGGUAUCCAGUCGAAUUCAGCAGCAUCUUGCCUCCACCUUUUCGUUUAACGAUAUCGACGCCCAUUUGUUCAUUGCAUACUCGUGCUUCUCCUAUCUCAGUUACAUGAGUUCUUUAGCCAACGAGGGCGAUAAACAAACUCACUCCCUGAAGGCUUACGCGGCUUCGAGAUGUCUGAUCCAUCUCGAAAUGGUCCCUUCCGAGUACUGGCAUACGGGUGUUAUCGAUAAACUAGUGGAGGUUCUUGCUAUUCGAAGCCAAAGCCUCUUAAAUAUCAUCUCUGGACAUUUUGCAAGGGGAUUCAUGAAUUCUCAUAUACUUGCACAAGUUGGAUCCGCAGGAUUGUUGGACCUGCACCUGCGGCCAUACUGUUUAACCGCUUACCACGGUUUCGUUCGCAUAACCGAAUGCAUAUUAUCGCCAGCGUUCAGUGCAAGCAAGUAUUUGACACAAGGAGACCUAAAUACAGCACUCUGGUAUGCAGUUCAUGGAGGCAGAAAGGAAGUGGCUGUGCUUUUAUUGGAAAGAGGUGCCGACCCGAACACAUCAAGAACAACGACAAAAAACAAUAUUGAAUGCGAAUUCGAGAAACACGGGGACUUGCUGCAGUUUGCUGCAUCGGAAGGCAAUGCAAUAAUGGUUAACUUGCUCUUGGAUAGGGCUGCCGAUAUCGACGCCCAACGAUGGGGCUCAGCUUUGCAGGCUGCAGCAGGACAUGGGCAUCUCGAUAUCUUGAAGCUUCUUGUGGGACGCGGGGCAAGCAUAAACGGCCCCUUUAAUGGAAAAAGAACUGUCCUUUCAGCAGCAAUAUGGUAUGAUGCGUGUUUUCAAUAUUUGAUAGACAGUGGAGCAGACAUCAACAUGCGUGGUACCGCCGAGGGAGCCGAGACAGCACUUUGCCAAGCAGCGCGAAACCAACUCUGGAGUCAGUUCGACCUGCUCCUCGACAGAGGUGCCAAUGUCAAUAUAGGUGAUGAAGGCGGUUACCCCCUUAUACAUCUCAUAGAAUUUGUGGUUCGGUCCAACCGUAGGUUUUUGGGUCUUCCCAACAUGAAGUUUGAAGGCCCCAAUGCGCUUCCGCGGAUCGAACGCCUACUCAGCCUCGGUGCAAAUCCAAACGCUCAAGCGAGGGAUCAUCACACUGCACUUCACGCGGCAGUCGCUGGCUGGCAGGGCCGUGAAUCUUCUUUAUAUGAGCGGGUUGCACAACUUCUAAUCGACAAUGGCGCUGAUGUAAAUAUACGCGCAUGCUCGUGCUUUUGGAGCGGAUGGACGACAGAGCGCGAGAUGCGGGAGCCUCAGUCACUGUUAUGCCACUGCGCAUUCAAUGGCUCCACGUCCAUGGCAAAGCUACUGCUCCAGAAUGGUGCCGCUGUGGACGUGAACUUGCAGGCAGGGAAGUAUGGCAACGCACUCCAAGCGGCUUCACUUCAUGGACACGUCGAAAUGAUGCAGCUACUCCUUGAUCACGGGGCCCAAGUCAAUGCCCAAGGCGGCUACUACGGGACGGCACUCAACGCAGCCUGCCAGACUCUCUUCAGUGAUCAUGCUGUUCCUGCUGCUCGACUGCUACUCGAGCAUGGCGCUGACGUGAACAUUGGAGGCGGCGAAUAUGGAACUGCUCUACAAGCUGCAUGUGCUCGCAAUCCCUCGAUAACACAGUUGCUGCUCGACCAUGGGGCGGAUGUCAACGCCCGAGGCGGCAGAUAUGGGACUGCACUGCAAGCUGCCUGUGUUUGCAGCCCUACGACGGUGCAGUUGCUGCUUGAUCGUGGUGCUGAUGUGAAUGCCGAAGGCGGCGAAUACGGAACUGCACUGCAAGCUGCCUGUGUUGACAACCCCUCGAUAGUGCAGUUGCUACUUGAUCAUGGUGCUGAUGUGAAUGCUAAAGGCGGCCAAUAUGGAACCGCUCUACAAGCUGCCUGUGCUCGCAAUCCCCCGAUAGUACAGUUACUGCUUGAUCGUGGUGCCAGUGUGAAUGCUGAGGGGGGAGAGUACGGAACUGCUCUACAAGCUGCAUUGGAAUAUUGCGAUCUGGACUUGGUUCAACUACUAGUUGAUCGCGGUGCUGAUGUGAAUGCCAAUGGCGGGCCAUACGGAUCUUGUCUGCAGAUUGCGUGCGCAAACGGGUUUGUUCUUCAACACGAGGGUGGCAUGGACACGAUACGCACACUGCUUCAGCGGGGAGCAGAUCCUCUGAUGUUUAGAGGCCAAUACCCUAGUCCAGUCCACUUUGCUGCUGUACAUGACUUAUCCUUUGAGGAAUAUGUUUCCCCAGCCAUCAAGUCAUCUUACCAAGUUGACGCUCUGUUACAGUUGCUAUUGGAGCAUGGCGCUGAACUCAACCUAGUUGAUGACAAGCGAGGCACUGCGCUUCAUUAUGUGCUUUCUCUAGUGCAGGAUUCCAGUCACUCGUACCGUUGGCAGGAUGGCUUUGAAACGUGGUGGAUAGGGAGGAUCCUCUUUCUGCUUGAUCAUGGUGCGGAUGCCAAUCUCAACGUGGGUGAGCUUGGAUCUCCUCUUCAUGUUUCAUGUGCGAUUCAAUACGACUGUGAACCCCUACCGACUUAUCAGGGUAAUAGAAGAAGGGAUCUGGAAGAGAGAAUCGACAAGCGGGGCGUCAAUAUGAAUUUAAUGACUAAAGGGGUGGAAACUCUCCUUAAUAAAUGCCAUGAUAUUGAUAUUAACGCACAUGGUGGCAUCUUCGGUACAGCUGUCAGGGGCCCGAGGAAGGAAGAGGCAUAA